GAUGUCUGUAUUAAACACAUGUACUGAUUGUGUGAAUGUUUUAAAUAAUUCAUUUCAAUUGAUUUAUUCAUUGAUUUAAUUGUUUUUAUAAUUGAUUUCAAACAAUGAUAUCACUGAAGACAUUGACUGACGGUUUCUGUAAUGCCUUAAGGAUUACAAACAAAUGUCAUUUACUUCAUUCAAGAUUGAUAUCAACUACAAGUUGUCAACAAAUAUAUCAUGAAAAUCGGCGAAAAAAUGUGUCCAAAGGAAAUGUCUUUGACUCAGAUGUGACACAAAAUUUGGAGAAUGAGUUGACUCGACUCAAGAGUUGUGGGGAACAGACAUAUGAAGUAUUGCGUAAACUAUUGUUUCAGUACUGCCGUCGAUCACACUUCUUAACGACUGAAGGCGACGACACUAACGAUAAGAUUGCUGUUCGCGUCAAAGACAUCAUCAAUGAUCUCAAUAAUAAAAACCAUUUAAUAUCUGAUGCUAUGAUGGCCUCAUUGCUUGAGUUUUACACCAAUUCACACGAUUUACAGUCGGCUUUAGAUAUAAAGUCUAAAAUAACAAAAACCUUUUCGUUAGAUUCAUUUAAAGUGUUUAAUUUGGCCACACUUUUGGUCAAAAAUGGUCGCAUUGAUGAUGCAAUUGAAUUGAUUGGUGACGAAAAAAAUCGUCGCUUUGGUCGACAAAUAAAUCGAAGAAUUGUCGAAACAAAAGGUUUUGACAAAUUUACUGAUCAAUCAAUUAAUCGAUUGUUAAACGCUUUGAUUGACAAACGAUUGGACACAAAAGUGGUUAAAAAUGUGUUUUAUAUGUGCAUUGAGAUCAGUUCAGCCAAAGUGACCAAAAUGAUUGCCGGACCACUCAUUAAAAUGCAUUUAAUUAAUAAAGAAUACGACAAAGCUUUGGAAGAGUUUGUUUUUAUUGCUGACAAUUAUCGUGUCUGUACGUGGAGUCUGGAACUGAUGAGAAUCUUCAUUGAAUUAAACCAAAAGACAAAUUUGGAGACAGUUAUCAAUAAGACUCUCAAUAUUUAUGGUCGCAAUAACACACUUCUGGAUUUAUCAGCCGCUUAUAUCUACAAUGGUAUGACACAAGAAGCUCGUCGUCACAUUGACAAUGCAAAGGGUUUAACUCAAGAGUCGAUUGAAUUCUUAUGCGAUAAGUUUGUCAGAGACCGGAAGCCACAAGAAUUGAAGCGAUUUAUUUCAAUCACUUCAUCGAUACAAGGAUUAGACAGAGAAAAAUUGUACAGAAUUUUGAUUCAACUCUAUCUUCAAAUGAAUGAUCGCAUCAGUGCUGAUGAAGUGGUCAACACAAUGAUGACACAACUAAUUGAUCCCACAAUAGAAACACUUAACCUUUUGAAAGAACAAAAUCAAGUCUCGACAUGAGUUGUCUAUUAUUUAUAUUUUAGAUAAUUUAAUUGUCGUUUUAUUUAU